AUGAGCAAACCGGGGCUUUCUUUCGGCCUGAACCUCACCAAAAAGCCCGGCCUAUCGAAAGGUGUUCCCUCGAGAAAGAAACCCACCUUUGGCGGCGACGAUGACUCCGAUGACGAAGGCCAGAACACCUCAAAAGGGAACGAGGUCAUAAUAUCCGAGCUAGACGAUUUCUCCUCAGCAUCUACCUCCAACCAAAAGACUUCCUUCAAGUCAAAAAAUGGCCCACCUUCAGGGCCACCCAAGCUCAAGGCCAAAGGCGCGCCGAUGACACAGUUCGGUGACCUGUCCAGCGCGCUGUCGUCGCGCAAAUACGCAGAGCAAGCCGAAGAAUUAGACCCCUCGGUUUACGAUUACGAUGCUGUCUACGAUACCUUUAAACCGCAAAAGAAGGUGGAAAAGAAAGAUGUGGAGCGCAAAUCCCGGUACAUGGCCGACGUAACGAAGGCCGCGGAGGUGCGUGAGCGCGACCGGUCGAUAGCGGAGCUCAAGAAGAUCCAAAGGGAGCGCGAGGCCGAAGGCGACGAAUACGCCGACAAGGAGAAGUUUGUCACAGAGGCGUACAAGGAGAAACAGGAAGAGGAUCGCCUGCAUGAGGAGGAGGAGCGAAGGAGAGAAGAGCAAGAAGCGAAGAAGAACAAGCUGGGCGGCAUGACUGGCUUUCACAAAGAGCUCCUGGAACGGGAGGACCAACGGCGGGCUGAGAUCGCAAAAGCCGCAGAGGAGGUGAAGAGGACUGGCGGCAGGAAAGAGGAGCCAGAAGAAGAGGAGAAGGAAAAGACAGAAACGGACAUUGCUAUGGAGAUCAACGAACAUGGUGGUUCUAUCGCCAUUAACGAGGAAGGGCAAGUCGUCGACAAGAGACAACUACUUAAAGGUGGUCUAAAUCUUGGCGCGAAGAAGAAACCGGAAGCCAAGAAGGAGGAAAGCCGCAAUACCGGAGGCUCAGGCCCCCGCGACAGCGGAAAGGGUUACUUUGCGCCUGGAGGUAAGCAAGCUAUGCGCGAGAGGCAGACUCGUAUGCUUGAAGCACAACUUGAACAAGCUCUCAAGAGGUCGCGGGAUGAAGAGGAAGAAGAGAGAAAGAAGAUCGAACAAGAGGCAAAGACAAGGAAGACCACAAGCGAGAUAUCGAGUGCCAAGGAGAGGUAUCUUGCGCGAAAGAGGGCGGCAGAAGAAGAGAAGAAAAAGGCUCUUGAGCAGCCACCUUAG